AUCUUGCCGGCCCAAGCGAUCAACGGGCAUCCUGCACGCCGUCGGUUCGUCGCAUCAUGUACCGCAACUUUGGAGCCCUGUCGCGGCGAGCCCGCAUCCCCUCCUCGGCGCUGGGAGCGCUUCUGCGCCAGCGCCCGGCUGGCAUGGGUGCCCGCUAUUCCACUGCCCCUGCCAGCACCACCACAGACACCUCGGGCACCGCAACCAACACCGUCAACCAAGACGAGAUUCGCAAGUUUGUCCAAGCGUCGGAGGAGUGGUGGCAGCCGCAUGGCCAGUUCGAAAUGCUGCACAAGAUGAACCCGACCCGCAUGAAGUACAUCCGCGAACAGGUCCACAAGAUCGCCGCCGAGUCGCCCGAGGCGAUCCAUUUGGCCAGCCACGAUCUCGCCCGGCCAUUCGCCGGCCUGCGCAUCUUGGAUAUCGGAUGCGGAGGCGGCCUUCUCUCCGAGGCUCUGGCCCGGCUCGGAGGUGUCGUCGUGGGUGCCGAUGCUGGGUAUGAGAACAUUCAGAUCGCCAAGCUGCAUUCGCAGAAGGAUCCCUGGAUCGCCUCGCAGCCUGUGGGCGAGCCCGGCAGCAUCGACUUUCGACACACGACAGCAGAGAAGCUGGCUGAGCAGGGAGAGCAGUUCGAUAUGGUCUGCGGCCUGGAGAUCAUCGAGCAUGUCGAAAACCCUUCAGCAUUCGUCAAGCUGUGUUCGCAACUGACCAAGCCCCACGGCCUGCUGUUCUUUUCCACCAUCAACCGGACGCCGACGUCGUAUCUCUUCACCAUCUUGCUGGCCGAGCAUCUCCUGCGGUGGGUCCCGCCGGGCACCCACCAUCACCACAAGUACAUCACCCCGACCGAGAUCAGCGAUGCCCUUGUUCAGAGCGGCUGUGUGGUCAAGGACAUGACUGGCAUCAGCUACGACAUUGUGUCGGGCAAAUGGAACCUCCUCGACAACAGCUUUGGCGACCUCGAGAUGAACUACAUCGUUGCGGCGCAGAAGCAGGGGUGAAAAGCCAGACGCAGUGCAUCACCGGGGUGCACCAAUAUAAAGGGGCCAUACCGUGUGCCCUGCAGAUGUAUCCGUGGCAUAUCGAUUGGGGCUUUUGGGCCGGGGUGGUGUCUGUCCGAGAGGCAGGUGUCGCUGGGCCGAGU